AGGAUUGUUUUAGGUUAAAUUAGGUUAUGUCCAGAUAAUAAACAUAAAAUUAUAAUAAAAAUUAAUAUAAGUUUAAAAUGGAAACUGAUUGUGUCAAUUCUCCUCAAUCAUGUCCUCGAAAAGUACCAGCAAGUUGGAAUAUUACAUCCAGAUUUCAAGAAGCAGUUAAAGAUUUAAAACUGGGAGAAUUGCUUCAUGAUGAUCUAUUUGGUCUUUUUGAAGCUAUGUCUGCCAUUGAAAUGAUGGAUCCAAAAAUGGAUGCUGGCAUGCUCUGUAAUAGAGGAUCAAGAAAAAUUAUAACAUUUGACCAAGCUGUACAAGACAAGAUUCUAAAAUUAGAUGGAUUUAGCAAUGCAGAAUUAAUUGGAAUAAUAGAUAGUACCUUUGCUUGUCUAGUUUCUUGGCUAGAAGGGCAUUCACUAGCACAGACGGUAUUUAUUAACUUAUAUCUACAUAAGCCAUACAUAAUAGAAGACCGAAUUCUAAGAGUAUUUUGUUUAGCCAUGUACAAAUUACUGGAUGAGAUCAAGGAACUUGUUCAUAAUGGUAUGGUGUAUGAGGAAGAAGAUUUCCAACCAAUGCAGUAUGGUUACCAUUUAAAUCCUGACAUUUCUCAACAGCGUAUGAUUGGAAUGCUACGGGAAGUUGAGGAAGAUCUGCAUAAGAAAAAUAGAAUUAAUCCGGAUGAGGAAACUCAUGCUUUGUUUGCCAGAAUUAAAUUUUUGAGACUGUUUUUACAAGUACUCAUUUCUAUGUUUAAAAAAGAUGAACAACCUGUGAUAUCCGAAUGCACGAGACUUUUAGUUAAUUGUUUGGAUAUGUUACACAUUGUACAAAAAAGCGUCGAUAAGGGUGUUACUAGUGAAGAUGCAAAUUCUGAAUAUAUUUUGGGGUUUGAACCUUCGAUCAACCAAAGACUGUUACCUCCAACGUUUCCUAGAUACACUAAAAUUAAAUCACGGUCCGAGGCUAUUGCUUACUUCAUUGAUGUGACUGAAAGAUUUAAAAUCGCCACAAAAAUUACAUCAAUUACGUCAUUGCAUCACGCUAUGGAUUUCUUUAUCGAUUUCAGUAAAAGUAGCCCUUGCAUAUUGUCUCGGUCUGCUCUUCAGAUGAUGUAUCCUGGUUCAACUGGAAAUUUAAAAGAAAUAUUGAAGGAGGCUGUCAAAUCAUUUAUUUCCCCUCCAGCACUAAUAUCCAAAGCUCUUUUAAAUAAUCCGCAGGCCAAACAUUAUGUUGAUACAUUUUUGUCUCACUGCACAAGACCAUUUACGCUUUUUCUUCAAUUAUGUGGGCAUAACAGAGCCAGACAAAGAGAUAAAUUGGCUCAUAUUUUAGAAGACUUUACUUCUUUGCAGGAUGAGGCAGAAAGAGUAGAUGCUUAUUUGCACACCCUUUCCGUAAAUUCUUCACAUAUAGCCUGUUUUGGAACCUGGAUUUUAUAUCAUACUUUAAGAAUAAUGAUUAUGUAUCUCUUAACUGGAUUUGAGUUAGAACUAUACAGCGUACACGAGUUUUACUAUAUUUAUUGGUAUUUGUACGAAUUUUUGUACGGUUGGCUCAUAUCAGCUUUAUCUAGAGCGGAUAGCUUUUUAGCGGAAAAUGAGCUUCUGCACGAUCCCCAUAAGGGCAAGGGAGCCACCAAAAAGAAGCCGAAGAAUAAGAAGAAAUCUAGGCAAUAUAAUAAAGAUAUUGUAUAUCUUCAAGCUCUUCAAAAUAUGUGUGGAGGUUAUUACAAGGCAUUAAUGGGUUUCCGACUAGAAAUGAAACUGAUUAUCCCUAACCCACGGUUCGACAGCGAACAAGUAAGAUAUGAACACCGAUUUGCACCAUUUCAGAACCUCUUGACUCCGCCUCCUGUAGUGUAUUCAGAAUUUAAAGAGAUGACUUCAUUUGAAAGAUUCCAACAGCAACCAAUUGACAGUGCUUUUCUGUAUAUAGCUGGGUACAAACAUUUUUACCAAGCUCGGAAGUUACUUGAAAGCAUAGCUCCAGAUAGCGAAAUUUCGGAUUUAUUGACAAUUUGUAAAACUAAUUUUGUUGUUUUAAAAUUACUAGCCGGUGGGCAUAAAAAAGAUUCCACAAAGCCUCCCGAAUUUGACUUUUCUAAAAAUAAAUAUUUUGCUACCAUGAAGAUCACAUAAGUUCGGUAAAAAUGUACAAAUGAUUCAAUGCUGAAACCAAGGUUUAUAGGGAAUCUGCGGCUUGCUGCGCUUUUUCUUACAAACGAAUUAAGUGUGAAUUUGGUAUAUAAUUUAGUUGAAAAAUAGGAUGACCAUAAAUAUGUAACAAUUAAAUCUGAUAAUCUUGGAGCACACAAACUUUUUGUUUUCAUUUGACAUAUCAUUUCCUUUUUCUCUCAUGGCAUUUCAUUUAUAAAAAAAAACUCAAAUAAACUCAAAGGCCUCUUCAGAAUAAUUCUCCAUUCACCCAUUUCUUCAGAAUAAUGCUCUAACUCGUUCUAUUUGAACUCUUCCUAUAAGUUAUCUUAAUACCCAAGUCUUGGUCUUCCUCUGGCUUGUUGUCCCAUCGGCUCUAUUCCGCCAAAAACUUUUCUUAGGGUCGGUUCUACAAUGCUAGUAUAUACUGAGAAUAAAGUUAUACUUGGAAUAACUUCAUUAAUGGUGUUCUACAAACAAAGAAUAAACUAGGAAUAAGAUCAUCAGAGUAUAUCUGUAGAAUAACUUUAUCCCUUCAAAGUUUAGCAGAUAUACCAAGUAUAAAUUUAUACUGCAAUUCUAUUGGUCGGUCAGGGUUUGUCAAAAGUCAAAUCUGUAAUAUUUUAACCUCACUUUAUGCCAUUCAAUGAACUGUGGUUUUGUUUGUUUUUAUAUAUAAAAUAAAAUUUUUGAUAUUGCUCAAACAUUUUAGAUUGUAAAUCCAAAAGAAAUUUUAUUAGGCAAUCCAAAGGAAAAAGAAAGCAUUUAUUAUUUCAAUUCUAAAAUUUUAGGAUAUGUAUGUAAUGUAAUAACCUCUACACAUAUGACUAAUAUAGUAUAGGUAUAAUCUUACCAAGGCAAUAUAUUUUUUAAUGUUUUGA